CAGUGAAGGACCUCUUUCAGCUCUCUGUCUUCAGACAUUUGCGGUUAUUGAUCUUAACCUAAUUGUUUGGUUUUACAGUCAGAAUGAAGAUCGCAGCCUUCAAUGUCAAGAAUCUUGGAGUGAGAAAACUCAACAAAGAUAUUGUACGAAAUAAUCUAAUCAAGAUUGUGUCUCGGUACAGUGUGGUGGUGUUACUGGAGGUCCGGGAUCCCAAUGACAGGGCAAUGAGCAAAUUUCUCACAGAGCUCAACAGACACAGGGGGAACAGAUCUCGUCCAUACAGGAUGGAGAUCGGUGCCCCAGUAGGACGACAUUCCUACAGGGAGCAGUUUGUCUUCUUCUACAGACAGGAUGAAAUGAGUGUGAUUGACCGUUACCAAUAUGAAGAAGAAAACAAAGAUGUGCUUGCCAGAGAGCCCUUUAUUGUGCAGUUUCGCCGCCGUUCAGCCAGACGUAUGUAUGAGUUUGUGAAGAAGCUUGUUCUGAUUCCCGUCCACACCAAACCAAAGGAUGCUGAACAUGAGCUGCGUGCUCUUCAUAAUGUGGUCCAAGAUGCAAGAAGGAGAUGGGGCACUAAUAGCAUCAUGAUUUUGGGGGACUUCAAUGCGGAUGGACGUUACCUGUCAAGUACUAAAAGGACAAACAUCAGAAUGAGCUCUCGUCCCUACUUUUGGUUGAUAGAUGAAGACGCUGACACCACUACUAGUGACCUUAAUGACCAUACAUAUGACAGGAUUGUUGUGUUUGGAAAGAGGAUGAAUGACGCAGUUGUUCCUGGCUCUGCAAAGCCUUUCGACUUCAAAAGAGCGUACCGCCUAAAUUAUGACACAACUCGAUCCGUCAGUGACCACUACCCCGUGGAGGUGGAGCUUCGGGACAAUUAACGUAUGAAGAAUUAUAGAAAAAAGCUUUAUUUUUACAUUGAGAACCUGCCUUGAAGUGAGAUAGCAAACAAAUUUCACCCCCAGUUUUAAUCAGGAACCAUGUAUGUGUCUUAUAUGUGUAGUUAUAUAACGGUUCAUGUUAAAAUAGUUUUUGCUGUCUUUUUUUCAUAUUAUGUGCAAUUUUAUGUCAAAGAAGAGUAAAUGAGGCACUCUGCCUUUUAGUAAAAUUAACAACUGUGUUUUUGGAUGAACUUCAUAGAAAAAAACAGGAUUGAAUUGAUCCCCUGGGUUUCAAUCAACCAACACAAUGGCAAAUAAACCUUUACAUCCACGCACAACUUGCUUUGUUUUUCUUUCAUGUUCAAUUUUAUGCAAUGACUGGACAAGUGGAGCAUGAAUUGUCAGGGUUCCUGGGUCAGUAACCCAGUGUUUUCAGCUUGUUCAGGUUCAGUUUA